AGAUAGAAAACAUAAUCUCUCCUUCGUGCCCCAAUACCUUUUUAGCCGAGGACAAAUCCUUCAGCUGAAGCCAUACCAGUUGCAAAGAUCGCAGAAGGAACUCAGCAGGUUCAAGGCAAGCCAUACCAGGUUUUGUUUCCUCUCUUUGUACAUCUAAAUUUCUCUUCACUUUUUGAAUAUAAUUCUCUGCUGCCUUUUUUUUAUUAAUUUUCUUUUCAAAUGAAUUAUUUAGGGUGGCGAGUGAAAUGCUUGUAAAGAUGUAUCAGACCACCUUUCAUCUUUUUUUACUUUUUAUUUUUGAAACUAUCAUAUCAAAAUUAUACAAAAAUAUAAAAGUUAUUUAAAAUUAUUUUUUAAAAUAAUAAUAAAAAAUAUGGUUAUUGUUCAAGGAAAGAGUUAAACCGACCCAGGUGUUUUAGUUUAAUUUGUUGAUUAUAACUAGUCCCAUCCUUCUGCUGUCCUGAAAAAAGCAAGAAGCUGUGACACCUCAGGCUCCAAAAACCCAACCAUUUUCUACCCUUCUUUUCCCAUUCUGCUUUCUCACAAUCCUGAAUAAAAACACAGUUAUCCCAGUUGAAAGGCAAAAGGGAGUGUUUAUUUUGAUCGGAAAGAUUGAAACUUUGGUUUUGUUGUUUGAGAGGGAGAGAGAGAGAAGAUGGGUGAUAAAAAUGAUGGCCUGGGCUUGAGUUUGAGCUUGGGAUAUGCUACACAACGGAAUCAUCAUCAGCAGCCUUCUUUGAAGCUAAAUCUCAUGCCUUCGGCUUCACAAAACAAACAUAAAAAAACUUCCUGGACUGACCUCUUUCAAUCACCAGAUAGAACAUGUGAUACGAGGUUGUUUCAACGAGGGAUUGACAUGAACAGGGUACCGGCUGCUGUGGCAGAUUGUGAUGACGAAACUGGGGUUUCUUCACCAAACAGUACACUAUCCAGCUUGAUCAGUGGUAAAAGAAGCGAAAGAGAACAGAUUGGAGAAGAAACAGAAGCAGAGAGAGCAUCUUGCUCUCGCGGAAGUGAUGAUGAAGAUGGUGGUGAUGCUUCUAGGAAGAAGCUGAGACUGUCAAAGGAACAGUCGUCAGUGCUUGAAGAGAAUUUCAAGGAACAUAAUACUCUCAAUCCCAAGGAAAAGCUGGCUUUGGCAAAACAGUUGAAUCUCAGGCCAAGGCAAGUGGAGGUGUGGUUUCAGAACAGAAGAGCAAGGACUAAGUUGAAGCAAACUGAAGUAGAUUGCGAGUACCUAAAGAGGUGCUGUGAAAAUCUAACAGAGGAGAACAGGACGUUACUGAAGGAGGUGCAAGAGCUCAGAGCACUGAAACUCUCCCCACAGCUCUACAUGCACAUGAACCCUCCCACCACCCUCACCAUGUGUCCUUCAUGCAAGCGUGUUGUCUCAUCGGCAUCAUCAUCUUCUGCUGCUUUCGUGUCCUCUGCUCUUGCUCCAAUUGCCUCGACCCCCCAACCACAACGACCGGUGCCCAUUAACCCUUGGGCAGCAAUGCCUAUCCACCAUCGAACUUUUGAUGCUCCCGCUUCUAGUUCAUGAUAGUUUGUUUGAAGUAGGGCUAUUAUUGUAAAAAGAUAAAAUGGAUGGAAGUGAUUAGGAUAAAAUAUCCAGAGAAACGUCAGAGAAUGAGCAACAGAGAGGAGUGCGAAAGAAGACACAAUCAGUGGUGAUGGUUAGGAUGCGAUUUUGGCGAAGUCCAGUUAGCUAAGAGUGGACUAGUUGUACAAUUUAGUGUUUGCAAGUGGUAGGAUGUUGGAAGGGACGACAUAGGAAUCCGAAUUCCUUAUCUUCAUGCUUAUUAUUGUAGGAUUGGAGGUGGACAAAGUGGCUCUACUAUGUAAAGAGGAUAGUAUUUUAGUGAUUCUAGUGAAGGAAUGAUUGGUCAUCCUAUAUAUUAACUAGAAAUGCUUCUCUUCAUCCUUAGAUUAUUGGUGGCUUUUGUAUAUGAAUGGUUGUCCACUAGCGUUGUGAAGGAUAUCAGGUUCUUCUUGUGAUUCCUACGCAUGUCUCCAUGCCUUAAUACACAAAAGAAUAUAUGGAUGGCUCAUGGUAGAAAAAUUUCA